GCAGCUCAGAGAUUUUGCAGCUGGUCACGCCAGCCUCCCGAGACUGAGUGCUCUUAACCUCUGCGCUCCUGGGGAGCGUUGUCUGGAUUUGUCUCCCGGCCGCCUUCUACCCGCCGUACUGCCGCCUGGAUGGGACCGCCGGAGUGCUGCGAAUAGAGAGGGAAGUGACCCGGCUGACUCCUUGUUUGCUGACUGAAUCUUAGGUGGUUCUGUUGCGAGCUAAACUCUCAAGGGAUUAUUGAAUUGGUGAGGAAUUUGGGAAGAGACAAGCUGAAAUUCUCAUUCCAUGGAUCCCUUGGGUGCACCUUCCCAGUUUGUAGAUGUGGAUACUCUACUAAGCUGGGGUGAUUCAUGUGAAGAUGAAUUAAAUUCUGAUACUACAGCUGACACAUUUCAGGAAAAUACUGUUAGAUCACCGUUUCUUUAUAAUAAAGUUAUCAAUGGAAAAGUGGUUCUUUGGAAAGGUGAUGUGGCGUUAUUGAACUGUACAGCCAUUGUGAAUACCAGCAAUGAAAACCUCACGGAUAAGAACCCUGUGUCAGAAAGUAUCUUUAUGCUUGCAGGGCCUGAUUUGAAAGAGGACCUACAGAAGCUAAAACGUUGCCGAACAGGUGAAGCAAAAUUAACAAAAGGAUUUAAUCUAGCUGCUCGGUUCAUCAUUCACACAGUGGGGCCAAAGUACAAGAGCCGCUAUCGCACAGCUGCUGAGAGUUCCCUGUACAGCUGCUACAGAAAUGUGCUUCAGUUAGCAAAAGAGCAUUCAAUGUCUUCUGUUGGAUUCUGUGUCAUCAAUUCUGCAAAACGAAGUUAUCCCUUAGAGGAUGCAACACACAUAGCGCUUCGUACUGUAAGGAGAUUCCUAGAGAUUCAUGGGGAAACCAUUGAAAAAGUAGUAUUUGCUGUCUCUGAGCUUGAAGAGGCUACUUACCGAAAGCUGCUACCUCUGUACUUCCCAAGGACGUUAAAGGAGGAGAGUCGAUCGUUGCCAUAUCUACCUGCAGAUAUUGGAAAUGCUGAAGGGGAGCCUGUGGUACCUGAACGGCAGAUUAGAAUAAGCGAAAAACCUGGUGCUCCGGAGGACAACCAAGAAGACGAGGAUGAAGGCUUGGGAGUUGAUCUGUCUUUCAUUGGCUCUCAUGCAUUUGCACGAAUGGAAGGAGAUAUUGAUAAGCAGAGAAGACUCAUCCUUCAGGGGCAGUUAUCCGAGGCAGCUCUGCAGAAGCAGCAUCAAAGAAAUUAUAAUCGGUGGUUAUGUCAAGCAAGAUCUGAAGAUCUGUCUGAUAUUGCAUCUCUGAAAGCUUUAUACCAAACAGGUGUAGACAAUUGUGGCCGCACCGUGAUGGUGGUAGUGGGAAGGAACAUUCCUGUCACACUGAUAGAUAUGGACAAGGCUCUCUUAUAUUUUAUCCAUGUAAUGGAUCACAUUGCUGUGAAGGAAUAUGUAUUAGUGUAUUUUCACACACUGACCAGCGAAUAUAAUCAUCUGGACUCCGACUUCCUGAAGAAACUCUAUGAUGUUGUUGAUGUCAAGUACAAAAGGAAUUUGAAAGCUGUUUAUUUUGUUCAUCCAACAUUUCGUUCAAAGGUAUCAACGUGGUUUUUCACCACCUUUUCUGUCUCAGGACUGAAGAACAAAAUCCACCAUGUGGACAGUCUGCACCAGCUGUUUUCUGCCAUAUCACCAGAGCAGAUUGACUUUCCUCCUUUUGUCCUUGAAUAUGAUGCCAGGGAAAAUGGGCCUUACUACACGUCUUAUCCUCCAUCGCCAGAUUUGUGACCUACCAUCUUCCAUCCUUGGUUUCAAGGAUGCCACUUCAGCCAUGAAUCGCUGCCUAUUGAAGUGAUUUUCAUUUUUGUUGUACAGACCCAGAGAGCCUUUUGUCCCCACCUCUCUGGUAUUUUUUUAUUGACUGUAUAUUUUCUGGCACAUAAGCAAUCUAAAACUGAUAGACCGUGUGAACUGCACAUUUUAAAUUUGUAUAUUUGUAUCAAAUGGAACGUUCAUUUGUAGAAUGUUGUUAAUAGAAACUGGGGGGCAACUUCUGAGUAUCUUCAGUUUCCUGAAGGACACUGGCUUCUCCAUUAUACAGACCAACAACAUUGUUCAUUUCUUAAACAUUGCACGCUUCCUUUGUAUAUUUAAAUGUUUCUUGAAAUAUAUAGAACCAAUGGAUGCCAACCAAAUGCAUUUACUUCUGAUCCCAAUGUCAGUACCAUUUACAUCUGAUAUACGUAAUCUGGUUAUAAUACAAGAGAAUUGUCCAGGGCCAAGAAUAUGGAAAUCUGCCUGAACAAAAUCAUUAGCAAAACAUACGGUGUGCAGUUUUACUGUACAAGUUAAGACUAUGGUUGAAGUACUAAGUUUCCUUGGAUUAUACAGUUCAUUAAGAUCACCACUGUUCUGAUCUCAACAAUGUAGGGAAACAGAAUGACUGUGUUUUCAACCUUUUCCAAUAACCCUGGGUGAGUUGGUCUUUUAUUCAAAAGGCUUGCACAUGCUAGUGAAGAGAAUUUCCGAAGACUCCAUCUCUGAGCCCUGGAAAAGUAUACUGCCUUCCUGGUUCCGUGAGUGACUUUGUUCAGCUCAGCGUCUCUUGAGCCGCCUACAUCAGUACAGAGGAAGUAUGUUAGGUGAACAAAUCAUAAUUGGCUUUUUUCCAGGCUACUUUUGCCACUUGGGCUUGAUUUGUCCCUUAGUUUGUUUAUGAGUAAAAAUUAGAACUAUG